UCAAAGAAAUUUUAGAUGAGUGUUGAGCCACUUCCUUAUAAAGUCCCUUAGGAGUUUUGAAGUUGUAGAUCUAAGCUCCUCUUCCAUUAUCCUCUUAAAUUUUUCUCCUCUUAAAUAUUAUAAACAUAAAUAGAUAUGGAGGGGAUUCGCCAGGCUGCUGUAGCUUAUUAUGAACAUCUGCCUGAGGAGAAGAAGAAAUCGGCCGAGGACAGUUUCAAAGCCAUGGACAAGAACGGAGACGGGAAAAUUAGCCUACGUGAAUACGUGGACUAUCUCACGAACUCUAACAACGCUGUUUUUACUCAUCCGAAAAUCUUUAGAGCUCUAGACAAGGACAACAAUGGAAGCUUGGAUUUUGGGGAAACAAUCGUCUUGUACUACAUCUUGUUUAGCCGUAGAGCUCUAUUUUGCAAGUGUUGUGAUACGUUCUUGGCAGACGUGUACUUCAGCUGCUUUCAAUGUUUCUGUCUUGAUGAGUCAACUAGCACCUAUGAUCUUUGUUGUGCUUGUUAUGGUGGAAAACGGUUCACUCACCACGAUGAUGCCAUCUUCUGGGAUAACUAUACUUUACUAAGUCAAAGCAGGAGCUUGGCACUAAAAGCUCCCGAACAGAACCGAAGAAAUGUGCUUAAAAAAAUUGCAAUGAUAGUGCAAGUUACAGGCAUAGUUGUUGGUAGCGCUGCUCUUGCAUCAUCCUCUAGCUGCAGCAUUAUGUGAAAGAACGAAUGAUGCCUUUUAUUAUCACCGUGUUUAUAUAAGAGAAUAAAGAAUGUUGAAGAGUGUAUUUGUGAAUAUUAUGUGUUUCAUCUGGACUAGUGAGAGUGUUGAAUUGUUAUUUGUGGUUAUUAAAUUUGUUGUGCCGUUGCUUGUGAUUUCUGAAA